AUGGACGUGUUGUCGAGACCCGCUGAAGAGUUUGCAAAUGAUGAAACACUGGAGCGUUUAUGGGCAGCAAAGGCUAUGGAGCAUAGUGAUAUAUAUUUCAAUAUGUUAUGCUCAGUUGACACAAGAUGGUUGCAACUUACCCCUCAUGAUGAUCUGAUAUACACACAUUUCAAGCAGGAUUUUCCAGACUUGGAUGUCUCAUACAUUAAUGAAAAUGAAAUAAAAAACAGCGUAAACAAAGCAAAAUGGAGAAUAUUCUGCGAAAAGUUUAAAAACAUCAUAGAGGACUACAGUUUUGGAACUUUAAUGCGAGCUGAUACUAAAGGCGACUAUUCUGAACAAAAUACGAUGUUGGUUCCUAGAGUACAGUUUUAUGCGAUAGAAAUUGCUAGAAAUAGGGAGAGUAUGAAUAAUGAAGUAAAAAAACUGUACAAAUGUACAGCUAAACCGACAAUAGAAACUCAAGAACAUGCCGCUAAAAUUGUCACUUAA